AGUUACUUGCUGUUUACAAAAUUCAGAGCAUCAAGAUUUGAAACUGAAUGUGAAUGAAUGAAUUUCAACUUUUCAAUUUUCCUAACGCCAUCUAACAAUCAACAAAAAAUUUCCAAUUCAUUUCUUUUUGAAUUUCCCACUUAAAAUACAAUAUUAUUUUUUAUCGUAACCGGUUCGAGUAUUUACUAACUCCAUUGCUUAGGAAACCGAAUAACCGACUAUCAACAAACAGAAAAUUCAAAAUAAACUUAUGUUUACAUUCAACUUGUAAAGUUACUUACAAUUUAAUGAUUAUGGUCAUUAAAUAUCUUGCAUGUUGGACUCAAAUGUGAUCUUUUUUGAAAGUGAGUCCAUCAUUUGCCAGAGUGUCAACGUUGAACGAGUUUUAGUGAAAUGAAGAAAGUUAUAAAAUUAUUUAUGAUUCUCAACCAAAGUGCUGACAGUGUUCCCUCAUUAUCACUAGACAAUCAUUCUAUCCUUUUCCCACUGGUUGAUAAUAGAUCAAGUUUUGUUAAUUAAACUCCUAGCAUUUUAAAAAUUCAUUACAAUCAAAAUGAGUCUAUCAUCACCUGAGGAGCAAGGGAUUCGUGCAAUCCUUAAAUUUGUUCCUCAAUACGAUUUGAUACCUCUUGUAUCAACUUUAACAAAUGGACUCGUUAAAGUCAAUAAUAUCGAAGAUGCCAUUCAAGCUUUAUUGAAGUAUUGUAAAGACUCUCUUGAUAUCCUCAAGCGUAAAAAAAUCACUAAAGAAGUAUUAUUCAAGUACUUAAAGGAAUCAAAUGUUGACGUUUCACCAAAAUGCGAUAAGACAGAAUUAAUUCAUAUUUGUAUGAGCCAUUGGCAAGUCUCUUCGAUUACAACUGAAGCAAUCGAUUGGGAAAUGGCUGAAAUGGAUACUUCAAUUGAAUCAUCUGAUCUCAUUCUGCAACCUUUCUGUUUAACUGCCGAAACAUUAAUGUCAAUGGGACUAAACUUUGGUAAAUGGUUUUACAACUUACUUGACAAUGUUAACACUGACUCAGUCUUUGGACCACAGCACUUUUGGUCUGAUUCUAUAAGUAAUAUUACAAUUUCAACUGUAAAUGGACAAGAUAUAACACUCUCCGUGAUUGGAGAUGUUCAAACUGUAGAAAAAAUUAGACAGGCGGUCAAUCAUUUUCAGUAUCGUUUUGAACCCAAUUUGUAUAAAGAUUUUAAUUGUGACAUGGAUGGUCAUGGUUUAGUUAAAAUUUGUAUCAAUGGAGUAAUUUAUAAACAUAAUCAACCGGACGGAGUUUUUCAGAGCUCGUUCGGUCUUAUUAAGGACCCAGCUGUCUGUGAUACCAAUUGGAAAAUUAAAUAUUUAGAAAUGCAUUGGAAAGUUAAUUCUGUUCUCACAAAUCAGAUUGCAUCGAGCUUUUGAUCUUUUGAGCUUUAUCUAAAUAUCCACAUGUACUUUACAACGUGAUUUCACUACUUUAUUAUGUCAGCCUAACUUAAACUUCACCGAAAUUUGGACGAAUCAUCCGUGAAGAUAAACUUCCACUACAAAAGAUUUAUGUAAAAUCGAUAUUUUUUACAUCUAUUCUGUAAAUAUUAAAUUAAUUUUACUUCAUUUUUACUA